GGGCGUGGCCUGCACGCGGGGAGGGGGCGGGCCGUGGGAGGGGGAGUGGUUUCCGGGUGAGCGCCCCGCCCCCACGUGGGCCCGGGGAACGCAGAGCGGGAGCCUGUGGCGGCAGGAGCAGCGGGGAGGCAGGGCUGAGAGCGCAGCAGACGGACACCCCAGUAGUUCUCCAUCUCAACUGGCUGACUGCCGUGUUCUCACACCAGGCCCGCACCAUGCAGCCACAGUCUGUCCUGCACAGCGGCUACUUCCACCCACUGCUUCGGACCUGGCAGACAGCCACCACCACCCUCCGGGCCUCCACCCUCAUCUACCCCAUCUUUGUCACGGAUGUUCCUGAUGACAUACAGCCUAUCGCCAGCCUCCCAGGAGUGGCCAGGUAUGGUGUGAACCGGCUGGAAGAGAUGCUGAGACCCCUGGUGGAAGAGGGUCUGUGCUGCGUCCUGAUCUUUGGGGUCCCCAGCAGAGUUCCCAAGGAUGAGCAGGGCUCUGCAGCCGACUCCGAGGACUCCCCAACUAUCGAGGCUGUCCGUCUGCUGCGGAAGACCUUCCCCAGCCUCCUAGUGGCCUGUGACGUUUGCCUGUGUCCCUACACCUCACAUGGCCACUGCGGGCUUCUAAGCGAGAAUGGAACAUUCCAGGCUGAGGCGAGCCGCCAGCGUCUGGCACAGGUGGCACUGGCCUAUGCCAAGGCAGGAUGUCAGGUGGUCGCCCCGUCGGACAUGAUGGAUGGACGCGUGGAAGCCAUCAAGGAGGCCCUGAUGGCCCAUGGACUUGGCAACAGGGUGUCAGUGAUGAGCUAUAGUGCCAAGUUUGCCUCCUGCUUCUAUGGUCCUUUCCGGGAUGCAGCUCAGUCAAGCCCAGCUUUCGGAGACCGCCGCUGCUACCAGCUGCCCCCAGGAGCUCGAGGCCUGGCCCUCCGAGCGGUGGACCGGGAUGUACGGGAAGGAGCCGACAUGCUCAUGGUGAAACCAGGGAUGCCCUAUCUGGACGUUGUGCGGGAGGUGAAGGACAAGCACCCUGAGCUCCCCCUCGCCGUGUACCACGUUUCUGGAGAGUUUGCCAUGCUGUGGCACGGAGCCCAGGCCGGGGCGUUUGAUCUCAAGGCUGCUGUCCUGGAGGCCAUGACUGCCUUCCGCAGAGCAGGUGCCGACAUCAUCAUCACCUACUACACACCACAGCUAUUGCAGUGGCUAAAAGAGAAGUGAUGGAGAAAGUGUGCAAGACCCAAGAACUAGAACUUUAAAAAUUCCUGGGGCCUUGGAAAAGUGAAAACCAAAGUAAAUGCUGCCUUUAGAACUGUG